GCAGGUGAUGGUGAAGUCAGAGAAUCCUCCGACGCCGCCGUACAUGUAUGGAGAUGUGUUGGCGCCCCCGCUGGCCGGAGUGGAGGUGACGGUGGCCAGCGCUCCACAGCCUGCUGUUCCUCUCAGUGCUCACACACACACCACAGUGCUGUCUCCUGCAGCGACACUGAAGGCCAGCAGUAUAGUCAGCAGUAAGCCUCUGCUUCAGCCCAAACCGGUGUGUGUGACGGCGCUGCCCGUGGCCCCGAGCGCGACUGCAGCUAAAGCGCUGAUCCUGCAGAGCGUACCUGUACCUGUGCCCACGCUGGAGCAGAGCAGCACACCUGUGGUCCUCUCUCCGUCCGUGUGUCUGGCCUCUGCUCCUGCUAUUGUAAAGAUGGAGCCGUUAUCUCCCAGCAUGCCUCACUGCAGCAGCCCGUCGGCGCCGCAGAGCAAACCCAUCGUCCCGGCGACGGCAGCGGCACUUCCUGGAAACAUCGGCAGUGACAUCGAUAUGAAGGUUCUGAAGAGGCAGCAGCGCAUGAUCAAGAACCGUGAGUCUGCAUGUCAGAGCCGCAAGAAGAAGAAGGAGUACCUGCAGAACCUGGAGACACAGCUGAGAGACGCACAGCAGGAGAACGAGCGCCUGCGCAGGGAGAACCACACACUCAGACUGAGACUCGCGGGGAAAGAGGCUACUGAAUCUGGCAGCAAUAAGAGAGCCGUGUGUGUGAUGAUACUGUUCCUGUUCAUCACCUUCACCUUCGGCCCCGUCUGCAGGAAUCAGAGCGGUGUGUUCAGUGAUGUGAAGGAUCUGCUCCUGCAGGACAUCGACAGGUACUUCUCCUCCUCAGACUGCAGACAGUUCAACCGCUCCGAGUCCCUGAGGCUGGCGGAUGAGCUGCGCGGGUGGGUUCACAGACACCAGAUCAACAGGAAGUCUGACGGGAAACCCAAAGCUGUGAAGAAGACUAAAAUAGCUCAGAAAGCUCAGCACAAGAAGAUGAACUUCUCCAGGUAUCUGCCCAUUCAGACGCAUCGCUCCAUUGAAAGUCAGCUGCAGGUGCUGCCGGGUCCUGAGAUCAGCUACAGCGACUUCCUAGACGCCAUCGACCGGCGAGAGGAUACCUUCUAUUUGGUGUCUUUCAGACGGGAUCACCUCCUCUUACCCGCCAUCAGCCACAACAAAACCACUCGACCCAAGAUGUCUCUGGUCAUGCCUGCUAUGGCCAUCAAUGAUUCGGUCUACAACGCGUCUCAGAGCGGUUAUGAGAUGAUGAUGCAGGUGGACUGUGAGGUGAUGGACACCAGGAUCAUCCCCAUCAAGUCUUCUGUAGUCCCGCCCUCUCUCAGAGACCCGCCCCCUGCCCCGCCCACUCACCAUCACCAUGGCAACCACACCUCGCUCCGCAGCCGGAACCAACAUCCGUCCAGAAGGAGACCAGCAGGAUACUUCAUCAGCCAGAGCGGAGACUAGACCAGCACACACACACACACACACACACACACACACACACACACACAUCAGACAGGUGUAAUUUCUUCAGGUGUACAUUUCCUCUCUUUCUCUGUGCGUGCGUGUGUGCGUGUGUGUGUGUGUGCGUGUGUGUGUGCGUGUGUGUGUGUGUGUGUGUGUGUGUGUUAUGAUUAUUGAUUGUGUGUGUGAGAUGGUUCUGUAUCUGCUCCUGCAUCAGUGCUGCUGUAUAUAGCUCUGCUUCCUCUGACCCGAUGUUUGGCUGAAUCAGGAGCGUCUGUGGUUCCCCGUCCAUUCCCACAGCACCAGCGCUGAUCAGCCCUACUCAUCCUCAGGAGCCGCUGCCUGGAGGAUCCACUCGACUGAUUCAGCACCUGUUCAAUGAUUCGCUGAACUCAACUGAUGCUUUUUGAUGACUCUCUGAGCUGAAGCGAUGGAUGCGUGCGUGCGUGCGUGCGUGCGUGUGUGUGUGUGUGUGUGUGUGUGCGCGUGCGCGUGCGUGUGUGUGUGUGUGUGUGUGUGUGUGUGUGUGUGUGUGUGCGUGUGUGCUUGCGUGCGUGUGUGUGUCUCUCUCUCUCUCUCAGCUGUUCUGGAUGUUCAGUAGAGACUCUAUCAGCGCUUCUCUCCGGCUCAGAUGUUCUUGUUUUUCUAAUGUGUUUUGGUCCGUCUGUGGUGAUGAUGAUGAUGAUGAUGAAGAUGAUGGUGGUGUAUGUGUGUCCACCUUCCCAUGAUGCCCUGCUCCAGCAUGUUUGUGUGAGGGAGGGGUCAUGUAUGUAAAUUAAUCCACUUUUUUUUACUUUUUUAUUUAAAUGAGUGUGUGCAGGAGCGUCCUCCUGUCUGUCUGAGUUUGAGCUGCUGUCUCUGUGUAGAGCAGAAUAAAUUUAUAAAUACUGGA